CUCUAGUUCACUCACACCUACUGAACAGCGAUAUGUCCAGAUAGAGAAAGAAACUCUGGCUAUUGUCCAUGUAUUUCACAAGUUUGAUCAGCUCCUUUUUGUAAAGUCUGAUGUGACAGUCGACACUGAUCACAAACCACUCGAGACCAUAUUUAACCGUCCCCUAGCUUCAGCUCGUCGUCGCCUCCAAAGCAUGAUGGUUACUCUUCAGCGCUAUACAUUCAAAGUGGAGUAUCACAAAGGUUCCACUCUGCUUCUUGCAGACACGCUUUCACGCGCUCCUUUACCUGCCACCACACACAAACCAGUCCAUAAUGAGAUGGUGUACCGGGUAGAUUUUGAGGCUGACAAUCCUGAACUUUCCGGCUUUCAAGAUGCUCUUCAAGAAAUCAGAGCGGCAGCCCUCACUGAUCCAAAACAGAUCGAGGUACAAGCUCUUGUUGAAUCUGGUUGGCCAGCGCAGAAAAUUUCUGUUCCUGUUGCAGCACAACAAUACUGGUCUGUCCGCCAUGAAAUCAAGUCACAUGAUGGCAUUAAAGAAGGUCAUCUUCCCUGUUCCAUGCGCAAAACCAUUCUGAACAAGCUCCAUGCAGCCCAUCGUGGUCCUGACUUCACCUUACGUCAUGCUCGCAGCUGUGUGUUUUGGCCUGGUCUCACCAGUCAAAUCACGACCAUGUGUAAAACUUGCAUCAUCUGUGCACAACAUACCCAAAAGCAUCCUCGAGAACCUCUCCAGCCUUAUCCAGUUCCCACCCUACCCUAGCAGCUGGUCUCUCAGGACUUGUUUGAGCUAAAUGACCGUGCUUAUCUAGUGACAGUGGACCACUACAGUGACUUCUAUGAAAUCGAUAGGCUUCCGACAAUUCAGUCUUCAGCAGUCAUUCAAGUCACGAAGAAGCAUUCUGGUCGCUACGGAGUCCCACACACUCUUAUAACUGACAAUGGGACCCAAUUUACCUCUGAUUUAUUUAAGACAUUCGCAAACAAUUCCAAUUUCAUCAUAUCACAUCCUCCCCAUACUUGUCCCAGUCCAAUGGUUGUGCUGAAGCAGCCGUUAAAUCUGCCAAACACAUCCUGCUUACUGCUGAUGAUUUCGACCUGCCAUUGCUGUCUGUCCGCAACACUGCCCCUGCCGGACACACGUUCUCUCCAGCCCAACGCCUUUUCGGCCGUGUGCUCCGCAGUAAUCUCCCUCAACCAUCAUCCACUUUGCUGCCGUCUACACCGCCACAAGAUAUUGUUGUGAAGGACCACACAGAGCGCAAGUCGCAGCAGAAACGUGCUUAUGAUAAACGGGUAGGACCACCACUUCCACACCUUCAACCUGAAACCAAGGUCUUUGCCAAACCAUCGCCUACCUCUUCAGCUAAAGUUUGGAUUCCUGGCAAAUUGAUUGGCUCUGCUUGCCCAAGGUCUUACAUAAUCAAGACUGGUGCAAGUCAUAUACGACGAAAUCGAACUCAGAUUCAAGCAGCUCCUCCUGUUGAGACAGAUGUGUCAACAUCGAACUCCAAUCCAACGCUCCCAGAUGAAAUUAUUCCUAAUGACUAACAGCCAGACGCUCAGGUACAUUAAUGCCUGGGUGCAAGAUUGUAAAUUCAAGAAAAAUAGAUUAAAAUUUGUAAAAAAUUAGUCAAGCUUUCAAUUGUUACCGUUCAAGUAUUAUAACAUUUGUCAAGACAGGGGCUUGAAGUUAAGCUACAUUUCGUUGUCAUGGCAACGAUCACGUGACAUAUAUUAAGGAUAAUAACACGUAAAAUGGCUUCUUUGGCUCUGCAGCAGCAUAAUUCAUGCUCACGAUAACGCAAACUUGCGAUGAUCGGCCACUCCUGAUACUAAUGUUUAUAAGUUAAACUCUGAAAGUUGACAUUCAUUACUCGUUUCAUUGUUUUACGAGUUUAUAAUAAGACGGUUAGCACUAUAAGACGUAUAAUUGACACAUUAAAUG